UCUCGUCUCGUCUCGUCUCGUUCUCGUCUUUUCCCGCCCAGCCAAAACCCUCUCUUCCUUUUCACCUCCCGAGUCUUGCUGCCUCGCCUCGUCCUCCCUCGUCCUCCAUCCAUCGCCAUCAUCCGGGAGUCUCGCGUUUAUCUCAUCUUUGUUUCCCCCAGGUUCUCGUACAGCUAUCACCAUCGAUUUUUUCGAGUCUUUCACCGUGAACAUGGGUCGGACCGUCGACCAGGAAGUUCACGCGGCGUUCGUCGAGUUCCGCGCCAAGGAAGACGAUAAGUGCCUCUCCGUCCAGUGCAUCUACUGUCAGCAGAUUCGCGCAAAGAACACUUCGCGUCAGAAGCAGCAUCUCCUUGAAUGUCCCGGUCUUCGCGGUCACCCCAACGCUCCUCAGCCUCAGUCCCAACCCGCACAACCAACGCCUAAUGGCAUCGGCCCUACCAAUGGAUAUCCGGCAACUCCCAAUGGACCUACGGCCACUGCGGCCGGUGCCGGUGCCGGUCCAGGACCUGGUGCUCUUCCUACGCCAAACGGAACCAUGAUGACCAACGGCGUCAAUCCCCAUGCCACCCCGAUGCAGACCCCGCUACAGAACAUGCAACGAAGCGCUCCCUUGCCUACCCCGGGCCCUCCCACCGGACCCCCAGGUUCCUCCUCUGCCUCUGCGUCCCAGCAGCCGUCUCGCCCUACUCCCAAACCCAAGUCGAAAUCGUCCACCUCGAGUCUUCCCGCCCCGCCUUUGGACGACGUCCAUGCUGCCUUCGUCGAGUUCCGUGCCAAAGAGGAAGACAAGUGUUUGUCCGUACAAUGCAUCUACUGUCAGCAGGUUCGCGCCAAAAACACCAGCAGACAGCGCCAGCACUUGCUCGAGUGUCCCACCUACCUUAGCGUCAUGAAGGACUCGAUUCCUGCCAAUAACCUCCUCCAUACCUUCCCCGAAAACGACGUCGCCCGCUCGCUACAGAUCCCGGCCCCGACUCUCGAAUUGGAUUUCCGUAUGAGCAUCAAGGUAAACCCGAAAGUCGCGGUGGGUCAGAGCCUGUGGGGCCAGAGGGAUUGGGUUUCUCUUGUUGGUGGACAAUGGGCUGGUCGAUGGGGGAAGGGAAUUAUUUUGCCUGGAGGGCAGGAUUCGCAGAUUGUGACCAAAGAGUCCACAACAAAUCUUCGGGCGAGCUACAUGCUGCAGACCGUCGAUGAGCCGCCAGCCUACCUGAUUGUCAAGACUGACGGAUGGUUGACUGGCGCCAAAGAUGUGUUGGAUAAGGUUAAUGACCCGAAUACGGUGGACGCGGUCAACCCCAACACAUACAAAUACCGUGUUAACCUUUCCAUGGAAACUGGUGAUGAACGCUAUGCGUUUGUCAACACGUUGAUGUGGAUUGCCAGCGGUUGCCGCCGAGGACAUGAAGUUAUUUUCGAUUCAUUCCGCGUCAACUAACCCUCCGUGAUGCUGUAGCUGUUUUGUCCGUUUUUUGAGCGAGUACUCUUCGUUU